AUGCCAGACACCUGCGCAAGGUACGCCAAGCGCGGGUCAGGAAAAAAGGUAUCGGGGACAGCGGAACGGCCUCGGUUGUCGGUGUUCCGGAGUCUGAAGCACAUAUACGCUCAGGUGAUUGACGAUUCCACUGGACGUACAAUAGCCCUGAGGGGCACUGCAGAUGCCGCCAAUGGUCCCAAGAUUGAUAUCUCGGCUUCGGUAGGCAAAGUGUUGGCCGAACGGGCCCUGACAGCCGGAGUAACCCAGGUUGUCUUUGACCGGGGCGGUUGCAAGUAUCAUGGGCGCGUGAAGGCGUUGGCCGACGGGUCCCGCGAAGGCGGCCUAAAGUUCUAG